AUUUCUUUCAGGCAAAGAACCAGAGCCUCACCUCCACGGUCAUGGCUCUUUCCACACAAGUCGGCUCUCUGCAGGUCAGAGAGGAAGAACUGAGCUCAAUGCUUAAGCUAAAAGACAAAGAUGUGAGCGAAGCCUCUGGUCAUGUUCUGGAGUUGUCGGGGAAGCUGCAGGUCAUGGAGACGUCUCUGGCAGAGAGUCGCACACAGGAGCUCCAGCUCCUGAGAGACUUGGAGGAGGUGAAGAGCUGUUACAGGGAAUCCGAACGGGACGUCUCUCUUCUCAGAGGUAACGGCUUCAUUCAGUUGGUACAGGAGGCGUUUUUUAGUGGAUCGACACAUUAUCAGAAAACAGAGAAGCUUAUUUCUAUUUAUUAUAAAGGUAAAUAAUAUAAAAAUCAUGUA